GGCAGCACCUUCCCAAUGUUUUUGUUUUGCAUCGGAAAUUGAAGUAAUUUGCAUUCCAUAACUUCUCCAGAAAUAACGCACUUUCAAGGCUAAUGCCAUUCCAAAUAGCCUUAGCAAGAUGACCAUCUUUAACCUGUACAUAUUCGACAAGUUCGGAACACUGCUCCACUACGCAGAAUGGAAUCGCACCAAGAAAUCGGGCAUCACCCGCGAGGAAGAAGCCAAACUCACCUACGGAAUGCUCUUCUCCAUAAAGUCCUUCGUCAGUAAGAUAUCACCCCACGAUCCCAAGGAGGGCUUCCUUUACUACAAGACCAAUCGCUACGCCCUGCAUUAUCUGGAAACUCCCUCUGGAUUAAAGUUCGUUCUCAAUACGGACACGACGGCCAUUAAUGUGAAGGAGCUGCUACAGCAGCUGUACGCCAAGGUGUGGGUGGAGUUCGUGGUGCGGGAUCCACUGUGGACACCCGGCACGGUGGUCACCUCGGAGCUGUUCCAGUCCAAGCUCGAUGAGUUCGUCAGGCAGUCACCCAUCUUCGGCAUUCGCAAUAUCUAAACAAAUAAAUAGCUUAAGCUCAAACUACGAUUACCUAGCUAUGCAAAUCCCGCCUCCGAAA